AUGUUCUCUUGGUUGCGCCAGGCAACCAGAGACACACCAUCAUGUGUGUUUUGGUGUUUGUGCCUUCGGGCACACAUAAAAUGUGUCCAAUCUGAGAAGCAGGCCAGCGUCGAGUUGACAAGACGUCCGUCAGGUGGUGUCAAUCUCAUUAGACGGAAACAUUUGCCACGAAACUCGCUUUUUCUCGCUCCCCUCUCUGCCCUCGUCGGCUCGCAACAGUCCCACUCGGUCGGCCAGCCUCGCCGGACGGGUGGGCUUCCACCUUUUUCAUAG